UUCUGUCUGCUGGUAGAGCUUCAAUAAAGUUUAUUCAAUUAAACACGGUGACGUCACGAAGUGCAAUGGCAGCCAGUGGUACAGCUGUAACCGUUCUCACUCCAAAUGGGAGGAGACAAACGGUCCAAGUGUCUCUAAACACGGUGUUAUUACAGGUUCUGGAGGAUGUCUGCAAAAAACACGGAUUUAACCCCGACGACCAUGGAUUGAAGUUUCAGAGGACUCUUGUUGACCUUACGUUGCCAUGGAGGUUUGCCAACCUGCCCAACAAUGCUAAACUGGAAAUGGUGACAAGUACAAGAAAACAGGCUGUAGCUGACAGCCAGGUGCGAGUCGCACUACAGAUGGAGGACGGCACUCGGCUCCAAGGUUCAUUCUCUUCUGCACAGAGUCUGUGGGAAGUGCUCACACAUUUCCCCCAGAUCCGUGUGUCAGAGCUGGCGGAGUCAGGAUCCACUCCCAUGUGUGUUUACAUGAGAGAUGAGGUGAGUGGGGAAGAAUCACUAAGGAAGGCCACUCUGAAGUCUCUGGGUCUCACAGGAGGAAGUGCCAUUGUCAGGUUUUUACUCAAAAAGAACAAAACUCCAGUAGAGGGGGACAGUGGAGGAGCCACUGAAACAGUUGCUGUGCCAGCCACGCCUGUUGCCAAGGAAACAACACCUAGCCUGUCAGCUCAGCCCGACUCUGCUUUGUCACAUCCAGACACAACAACAGACGUGCCAAUUAAAAAUUCAGACUCCGACAGUCCAAUGGAAUCCCUGUCUGCACCUACUCCUGUCUCUGCCACAAGCACACUUCCUGUUCAACCGGAAGCCAUUUUGAACCCCCAGGAUGCAGUUUGGCCUGAAGCCCCUCCUGCCCAUAGAGAAACAUCAGAGGAAGAUGGCGAGGAAGCAGGGCCAUCAGGGCUGAGCUCUCAUGCAACAUCUUCCUGCUCCACCUCCUCAGCUCCAUUUGUUCCCUUCUCUGGGGGUGGUCAGCGUCUCGGAGGUCUGGGGGGAGGGGGAGGAGCAGUUGGAUGCUCACUAUCUUUACCCUUGUCAUCCUCAUCUCUGUCACCUCUGACUGCUGCAGGCGAAUCACCCAAAGCCAAGAAAGCCAAAUCUAGCGAUGGUUCUAGCACCACGCAUCAAGCUUCAGCCAACCUUCCAGAAGAGGACAUGGAUCAUGGGGAGGAGUUCUUGGAGCCGGUGGAACGGGAGCCUCUCAUCUACCACCUGGACUCAAUGUCCCAUCGCUCUGAGGACCACAUGGAUCUGCCCGACCAGUUCUUUGAAGUGACAGUUGAUGAUGUGCGGAAGCGCUUCGCCCAGCUGAAGAGCGAGAGGAAGUUUUUGGAGGAGGUGCCACUGAUGACUAAAGCUCUAAGAGAAGCACAGAUGAAGGAGAAGCUGGACAGAUAUCCCAAAGUGGUCCUGAGGGUCCAGUUUCCAGACCGACAUGUUCUACAGGGCUUCUUCAGGCCCCUGGAGACAGUUGAUGCUGUGAAGCACUUUGUGAGGAAUCACCUGGAGGAUCCUCAGCUCAGUUUCUACUUGUUCGUCACCCCUCCAAAAACCAUCCUGGACGAUCCUUCAGCUACACUUUUCCAGGCCAACCUGUUUCCUGGCGCGCUGCUGUACUUCGGCUCCAACACCAAGACAGAUUUUUACAUAAAGAGGGAACUGCUUGAAUCCUCUGUCUCAGCCUUGCAAGCAAAUGAGUCUGUUGCAAGCUGUAUGAUCAGGUCCCCGACACCCUCCUCCAGCUCUCUGAGAAUUGAGGAGCCACUUCCUCCUCCACUGAUGACAGCAGACACCAGCAGAUCCACACAGGACGAGGAAGACCCGUCUGCACACACCCAGGCUGCGAAACCUACCAGAUCAGACCCAGGCAAGGUACCCAAGUGGCUCAAACUUCCAGGUAAGAAAUAAGACAGCUGCCGCGUGGUGAUGUGUGAACUGAUGGCAACAGACGUCUGAAGAGCUCGGCCUUGCAGGCUUGAGUAGAGAGAGAAAGAGCACUUAAAUCUUUGCUGCGCUUCACAAAAGGGACUUUAACUCAUCCUGGAGGACACCUGCACUCAACUAGAUUUUCAAAUGAUCCAAAUGAGACAAGUGGCUGGUAACUAGUGAAUAUUGCAGUGAAUAAAGAUUAUUG